AGUUCUUACCCACCCACCGAUGUACCCGCACCUACGCCGGAGUCUGUAUCUCAUGCUGGACGAAUCAUAGCUACUUACGGACCAUCGUUUGAUGAAUUCCCACUUCCUCCAUUAAGACUUCGUACUUCACCAAAUCUAUUAUGCCUUUCUCUCAGUCGACCCGAUUAGUUUCAAGCUUAAUGUUACUACUUUUGACCAAACAAAGAUACCCGAAUUCAUGGGUUCGCUAUGUGGGCAAACCCCGCCGGUAAAGACUCUGCAUUCCAUUGGCAGCGGCGGUGUUAACCAAACUGUUUUCUCUCAAAUGGCUAUGACCCGCAAAACGCGCUUAAUUUUUAUUAAUUCCAUCCUUGAAGUAGCUCGGAUUUAUGGAUUCGACGGCGUUGAUCUAGACUGGGAGUUUCCGGCGACCGCUGAAGACACAAUGAACCUUGCAAUUUUAUAUAAGGAAUGGAGGAAAGCACUUCACGAUGAAUCAAAGGCCUGCCGAAAGCCGCGUCUUCUUUUAACUUCGGCGUACUACGCUUCGACGCGGAUGUCAAACGGCGUGUCCAUAUCAUACCCAAUCGGCACAAUCAGAGAAUACGUGGAUUGGGUUAGUCCGAUGUACUAUGAUUAUCGAGGAAUUUGGGAGAAUUUGACCGGAGAACAUUCGGCACUCUACGAUUCCAACAGCAAUCCCUGUACCAACUACGGAAUCGGGUCUUGGAUCCAAGCUGUUGUGGCUCCCCAAAAGCUAGUCAUGGGGCUACCGGCGCACGGGCACUUGUGGAAACUCCAGGAUCAGAAUGUAACCGGAAUCGGAGCGCCGGCGACCGGUCCAGGGCUCGGCGGAGAACUUGGAAUUCCACCCUACGAUGACAUUGUCGAUUUUAACAGGGAGAAUAACGUCACCGUGAAGUUCGAUGGUGAAACGGUGCCGUAUUAUUCGUAUGCAGGGGAGUACCGGUUCGGAACUGGACUCUCCCAAUCCGCGGUGAUUUAAAAAAAAAACAAAAAACAAAACAAAAAAAGAAAAAACUAAAGCCACAUUCUAGAAAUAAGAAAAUCCUCUCUCCUUUUUCUUGUAAAGGAAAAAAUAUUUGGGGUUUAAGAACGCCUUUACUGACACUGACAAUAUUUUCCUUUUUUUUUUUUUUACGGCAGCUGCAAAGGCGUGGGACUAUUGAUGAUUAAAGUUUUAUUUUCUUU